CCAGUGUCACCGAGCAUGAGCACAGCCUGCUGCUGGAGCUAGAGACAACUGCAUUGGAGCAGCUCCAAUUCUGCAGCCCCUGGGAGCAAGCGGGCCCUGCCCAGACCUGGGGUAGUCUGGCCAGCACGCAGACACCGGCAAGGUCACAGACCUGGAUCACGAGCGCAGCUCCGUGGGGCAGAGGCCUGGGGAGUAUCUCUGCAAAGUGCAUCGCUCGGCCUCCAUUUAUUCCAACUGACUGAUUCUUGUUCACCAUGUCCAGGCAGGUGAAACGUCCCUCAGCCCCUCCUAGUGCCACUGGCUGUGCCGAGUCCCUGAAGGGGUGCAUGCUGGCAGGGCACUGCGUUCCUCUCUGAGCCCAUGGCUUUGCUGUGCUCUGGCACCCAUGUGCUGCAUCAGAUGGGAUCCGCUCACCCGUGGGCUACGAAGCUGUCUGGGUGGCUGAUUGGAAUGAACCGCAGAGAGCCAGAGGCGGUCGUCUCUUCGGGGUCCUUAUUGGUUUAAAGGACGCCGGGUAGCCCAUGGAGCGGGAAACGCUGAUCUCGGCAAUGCAAGCUUCAGCUUAACCAAUGACUCGGGGCUGUGAGGUGAGAGCGGGCAUGGGGGAGCCUGCACCCUGUCCCAAGCUGCCUGUCUCUGACGAUCACCGCAAUGGGCUGCGGGCGGCUAUAGCGAUGUGAUCUGCUGUCUGACAGAUCUACAGCCCCAAGAGAGACCCCGAGGAGGUCGUCAAAGCAAACCCCUAGGCGAGGCGCAUUGGCCUCUCUGGAGACUGGCGUGUGCUGAAACGGGCCACCACCAUGAUGUGCGAGGUGAUGCCCACCAUCAACGAGGGCGACCCCCUGGGGUCCCAGCAGGGCCCCGACUCGGAGGCCAACUUUGAGCAGCUAAUGGUGAACAUGCUGGACGAGCGAGACAAGCUGCUGGAAACGCUACGGGAGACCCGGGAGACUCUGGCCUUGACCCAGAGUCGGUUACAGGAGACCGGGCAUGAGCGAGACCAGCUGCAGAGGCAACUCAACUCUGCCCUCCCACAGGAGUUUGCCACGCUGACGAGAGAACUCAGUGCCUGUCGAGAGCAGCUGCUGGAGAGGGAAGAGGAGAUUUCAGAGCUGAAAGCCGAGCGGAAUAACACCAGGCUCUUGCUGGAGCACCUGGAGUGCCUGGUCUCGAGACACGAGCGCUCGCUGAGGAUGACGGUGGUGAAGCGGCAGGCUCAGUCCCCAUCCGGCGUCUCCAGCGAAGUGGAAGUCCUCAAAGCGCUGAAGUCGUUGUUCGAACAUCACAAAGCACUGGAUGAAAAGGUGAGAGAGCGCUUGCGAGCCGCCUUAGAACGAGUGGCAACCUUAGAAGAGCAGCUGGCGAGUGCCCAUCAACAGGUAACUGUUCUGCAGCAGGGCCCCGCGCAGAGGGAAGCCCCAGUCGGAGAAGAUGAGAAAAGGGUGGAGGGCAAGGAACCAGGGCAGAAGAGUCUAUGGAAGAGACUCCCUAACGGUUCCAUCCACCCCAAUGACGAGGCGAGUCGGGUGGUGGAGCUUCAGGAGCUCCUGGAGAAGCAGAACUUUGAGCUCGCGCAGGCUAAAGAGCGGCUGGUGGGGCUGGUGGCCAGCGUUGCCGAGCUGGAAGAGGAUCUAGGCACCGCCAGGAAGGAUCUUAUCAAAUCAGAAGAGAUAAGCAGCAAGUACCAAAGGGAUCUGCGAGAGGCUCUGGCUCAGAAGGACGACAUGGAGGAGAGGAUCACCACACUGGAGAAGCGCUACCUGGCUGCCCAGAGAGAAGCCACCUCCAUCCACGAUCUCAAUGACAAGCUAGAGAACGAGCUGGCCAACAAGGAGUCUCUGCAUCGCCAGUGUGAGGAGAAGGCUCGGCACCUCCAGGAGCUGCUGGAGCUGGCCGAGCAGAAACUGCAGCAAACGAUGAGGAAGGCAGAGACGCUGCCGGAGGUGGAAGCAGAGCUUGCCCAGAGGAUAGCAGCCCUUACCAAGGCAGAGGAGAGGCACGGGAGUAUCGAGGAGCAUCUGCGGCAGCUGGAGAGUCAGUUGGAGGAGAAGAACCAGGAGCUGGCGAGGGCCCGGCAGCGAGAGAAGAUGAACGAGGAGCAUAACAAGCGGCUGUCUGACACGGUGGAUCGGCUGCUGAGCGAGUCCAAUGAGCGGCUGCAGCUUCACUUGAAGGAGCGGAUGGCAGCCUUGGAGGAAAAGAAUACGUUGUUGCAAGAGCUGGAAAGCACCCAAAAGCAGAUCGAGGUGCAGCAGCAUGACAAGAGAAGGUUGUCAGAUGAAAUUGACAAACUGAGGUCGGAGGUAGACCAGCUAAAGACCAGAAGUGGGACAUUUGCGGACAGUGUACAUACGAGGUCCCAUGUGGGUAGUGCCACGGACCUCAGGUACCCCCUGAGCACGGUGGUUCACGCCCCCGCCGAGACCUUCGGGACGCCUCCUGGACUGCACCGGCCACAGAAGGGUCGGUUUGCAGCUCUGCGGGAAGAACCCCCCAAGGACUGGGAACAGACCCAGCCAAGCAGUGUCCUGGCCACCGUGUCUCACGCCUUCGAUAGUGACCCGGAAAUCUCGGACAUGGAGGAGGAGGAUCGCGAGGCGCUCUUCAGCUCCAUGGAUGUGCUGUCCCCCAGCGGGCACUCCGACGCCCAGACCCUCGCCAUCAUGCUGCAGGAGCAGCUGGAUGCCAUCAAUGAGGAGAUCAGGAUGAUUCAAGAGGAGAAGGAAUCCACGGAGCUGCGCACCGAGGAGCUGGAGACCCGUGUCACGAGUGGCAGCAUGGAGGGCCUGAACCUGAUGCAGCUGCGCAAACGAGCUUCCAUCCCCACCUCCCUGACAGCCCUGUCCCUGGCCAGCUCCUCGCCCCCGGUCAGCGGGCGCUCUACCCCGAAGCUGUCCUCUCGCAGUGCCGCUCAGGACCUGGACCGCAUGGGGAUCAUGACGCUGCCCAGUGACUUACGGAAGCACCGAAGGAAACUGCUUUCACCAGCCGCUCGGGAUGAGAACCGAGAAGAUAAAACCACCAUAAAAUGUGAGACUUCCCCUCCUUCCUCACCCAGGACACUGCGGCUGGAGAAGCUGGGGCAUCCUGCCUUCAGUCAGGAGGAUGGCAAAAGCUCUUUGGAGGAGCAGACGAGCAACCUGAGCAGCAAUACCAGCAGCCAGGACUCCCUGCACAAAGGCUCCAAGAGAAAAGGAAUCAAAUCUUCCAUUGGGCGCUUGUUCGGCAAGAAAGAGAAAGGGCGUCUGAUUCAGCUGAGCCGAGACGGAGCCACCGGCCACGUUCUGAUGACCGAUCCUGAGCUCAGCAUACAAGAUUCGCUCGGACUUGGCAAGCUGGGAGCCCAAGCAGAGAGGGACCGGAGGCUGAGGAAGAAACACGAGCUUUUGGAAGAUGCUCGAAGGAAAGGCAUGCCCUUUGCUCAGUGGGAUGGACCAACGGUGGUCUCUUGGUUGGAGCUGUGGGUGGGCAUGCCCGCCUGGUAUGUUGCAGCCUGCAGAGCCAACGUGAAGAGCGGCGCCAUCAUGUCUGCCCUGUCCGAUACAGAGAUCCAGAGAGAGAUCGGCAUCAGCAACCCCCUUCACCGGCUGAAAUUGCGCCUGGCCAUUCAGGAAAUGGUGUCACUGACAAGUCCUUCGGCUCCACCCACCUCGAGGACGUCCUCCGGAAAUGUCUGGCUCACACACGAGGAGAUGGAGAACAUGGCAACUUCCACCAAAACGGACACAGAGGAGGGCAGCUGGGCACAGACGCUGGCCUAUGGGGACAUGAACCAUGAAUGGAUUGGGAAUGAAUGGCUGCCUAGUCUGGGGCUCCUGCAGUAUCGCAGCUACUUCAUGGAGUGUCUCGUUGAUGCUCGGAUGCUGGACCACCUGACUAAGAAAGAUCUCAGAGUGCACCUAAAAAUGGUUGACAGCUUCCAUCGCACCAGCCUCCAGUAUGGCAUCAUGUGCCUGAAGAGGUUAAAUUAUGACCGCAAGGAGCUUCAGAGGCGGCGAGAGGAAACCCAGCACGAAAUCAAAGAUGUUUUGGUCUGGACCAAUGAUCAGGUCAUGCACUGGAUCCAGUCUAUUGGGCUUAGGGAGUAUGCAAAUAACCUCAUCGAGAGUGGAGUCCAUGGAGCACUCCUAGCUUUGGAUGAAAAUUUUGACCAUAAUAGUCUGGCACUUGUACUACAAAUACCCACUCAGAAUACCCAGGCACGGCAGGUGAUGGAGAGAGAAUUCAACAAUCUGCUUGCCUUGGGCACGGACAGAAGGCUGGACGAUGGCGAGGACAAGGCCUUCCGGCGAACUCCGUCCUGGAGAAAGCGCUUUCGCCCUCGAGAUGUUCACAGCAUCGACAUGCUCAGCGGCUCGGCCGAGACGCUCCCCGCCGGAUUCCGAGCGACCGCCUUGGUGCCCUUGCCGCCCCCCUCAGCCCCGCUGAAGAAAAUGCCACCAGAAGUUGGUGCAUCUGGGCCGCAAAGAUUGGAGCCCUCCACAGUUCGAACGUAUUCCUGCUGAGGGUCAUUCUCUAAUGGGAAUCAGCCCAGACUGUGGCACAUUCCCACUACCUGUACGGGUACAUGCUGGCUGCCUUCCGGGACUAGGCCAGAAUCCAGACCACGUCUGCUCCUCCGCUCCAAAGACCAGAUGCUACAGGCCACGUGGACCGAAAAGGACUCUCACCGCCUCCUGCUUGUACCCAACCCCGCCCCCUCCCGGUCUCCUCUUGGGUGCCCCUAGAUCCUGGUAUCCUCUGUGGCUUUGCAGCCCUCCUCACCUGCCUCAUGGACAUAGGCUCCUCCAAGAGUGGUACGGGGCACCUCUCUGCUGCAGACGUGGUCAACUGGCCGCGCCGUGUUUCCAUCAGCAGGGCCCAGCCCUGUGUGAGGGCCAGAGAUGCCUUGAGGCCGGUCUGCAAGAUUUGUCCACUUUGUUUCUGUGUCUGUUUCGUUUUGCCGAUAUAGCUGAGAGCAGCCGUGCCAGCGUCUCCUCACCGCAGGCACCAUGGAGCCAAGGAGCCCUCUGCCCAGAGAAUGAGAGCAAAUCCCCCUUCUCUAUAAUACACGAGUCGUGGUGCCGGGCCUUACGGCUAGGAGCUUCUGCCAGGACAGCCCGUGGGCUGGGGAAGACACUGGGCUUCAGCACCAAGCCACUGUGCUGCCUGGAGGGAAGGGGAUCUGUGCUGGUGCAGAGAGAGGGCUGCCCAUCACAGAGAGGUGAGCUUAGUGACUAGGCCAGGUGUACACACUGAGGUGUGUGUGUGUGUGUGAGAGAGAGAGAGAGAGAGAGAGAGAGAGAGAACUGAGCCGGUGCUGAGAGCACCCUGAGGAUUCGAGGCACCAAGCCAAUCUGCAAUGGGUUGUGAGGGGGAGGCAGGGAGCUGCCCCCAUGCCUCCCUCUCCAGCCACGUACGCUCUAGAAGUGCACGUGACACAUUAGACGUUCAAACACCUGAUGAUUUCACCACUCCCCUUUCCUGCUUAGGUGCCCAGGAAAUGGCCACGCCUGCCCCAGCCGUGGGUGCACCGGGAGCGCCCGCUACCUGCCCCUCUGAGGUUAGGUAGCAAUUGGUGCAGGAGGCUCUUGACUUUUUCCGUUUCUUCCUUGUAGGGUAGGAUCUCUGUCUCCUCGUGCCACUUUUGCCUUGUGUGGCCCCUGUUUCUGGUGUGGUAUUUAUAGAUGGCUGGAAUGACCUAUAUUCAUAAUGUGCUGUUUGGAAGUGCAAUAUCAGAGAGACUGUACAGUUCCAAUGUCUUUUGGUGUAUUACUUGCCUAAUACAGUAUUAAAUAUUUUUUUAAUUUGAAGAGUAAGUGACCCCUUUAUAUCAAUACCCUGUUUCUUUUGCCAUAUUAUGGGUACUGCAUGGAUUCCAAGCCCUGAAAUGGGGUGGGGAAAGGAUGUAUGUGUGUU